AUGCCUGUUCCUGUUCCUCAUCCUGAGACUAAAGAUGUACACUGCCGCACCCCUGGCUUUUUAUUUGGCUAUCAGGUCCUCAGGCUUGUAUGCGUCUGCCGAGUCCAGGCUGUCCCCCGUCCCUCUCGGCGGCGGCCCGGGCGAUCCGGGGCGGCCGCUCUUCCCCAGAGGGUCGCGGGCACAGUUGGGGACAGUUUGGCGGGCGGGCCCCGCGUUUCCUGUGACAGCGCGGCCGGGCGGCUCCCUCCCGCCGCGGCGGGACCAUUUCCUGAGCGUCCGGGCGGAGGCGGCCGGCGCGGCGCUACCAUCGGCGCGCGGACGCGGGGGUGCGGCCGGCAGCGCGCGGGGACAGACAGCCGGGCGGGCGGCGGCGGGGCGCGGGGCUCGAGCCGCGCUGGCCGCGAGGAGCUGUGCAGACGCCUUGCCGGGAGCGGCAGCUCCGCGCAUAGCCCGGCUGGGUCGGCGAUGGGCGCGGGCCCGGAGCUGCCUCCCCCACCGCGCGCGGUGAGGUGGACCUGGCCGGGAGGCGGGCGUCGGGCCCCCAGCUCCGCGGCCCCCGGAGCGCUCCGGACUCGCCGAUCGCGGGCUCGGUGGCAACAUGUCUGUGGCGUUCGCAGCCCCGAGGCAGCGGGGCAAGGGGGAGAUCACGCCCGCCGCCAUCCAGAAGAUGCUGGAUGAAAAUAACCAUCUUAUUCAGUGUAUAAUGGACUACCAGAAUAAGGGAAAGGCGUCCGAGUGCUCCCAGUAUCAGCAGAUGUUGCAUAC